AUGGAAGGGGGGAGGGAGCUGUUUUCGUCAAAGUACUUCAGCUCCUUUGGCUAUAUUGUUACCUUGUUUCACCUUCUACCUGUAGUAAUAUUUAGCGGAUAUACAGGAAGUCUGAGAACCAGCGAACGUAAAACAUUUAGCUGUCCGUCCUUUCCAGAUUCUUGGGAGGACUGUUUGGUGAAAUACGACGAGCAUUACAAUUCUCCUUUUCCACUGUACGGAUUUGUUCUUUUGUGUUUUCUUCCGCCGUUGGCUGUGUCCAUCGCUUACUCAUGGUGCUUUGUGAAAUCACGAGUUGAUGAGAGAGAAAUCGCUUUGAAACCAGAUCCAGAAGACCCUAGGCCUCGUCCAGGACUAAGAACUCGCCGAUUGUUUUAUUCCUACUUUCUUCAUCUUCUGGUGCGACUCGUAUUGGGGAUUUCGUUUCUAGUGUUACAGAACUUGGUGUUUUAUCCAAAUGGCUUUCCCACGAAAUUUGCCUGCGUUUCUCCUACCGUAAAGCCCACAGUAAUCCUAAAUUCCACGGAUUUCAAUGUGACAGAAGAUGAUGGCUUGGCUAUUGACUGUGACAAUUCUGUUGGAUCUGACAAUGCUACCUGUGCGAUGGGAAUUUGGGUAGUGAACAUUCUGUUCGCUAUUCUCGUGUUUGGAGAGUUAUGUUAUCUUGUAAUGCGAGCAGUAAGAAGUAAAAAAUUCACAUUCGAUUCCGAAUUUUGUCAAAAAUACUUUUUUAACAAGAGUGGAACUGCAAUCACUCUCCAUGAGGUUACCUUGCGCAUGAAAAGACGAGUGCGCGAAGAAACAGAAGUUUUGGAACCUUUGAUUGCUCAACCCGAAAUCGAGAGCAACAGACUGUUGGAUGACAUUUUCGUCGAUCUUGUUAUUUACACGGGUAGAGCGAAAUACGAAUUUGUCGACUCGCUGGAAAGACACGAAAUAUUUGAGAUCUAUUUGAAGCCCCAGUGUGGAUCUAUUGCUAUAAAGAAACUUGAAGAGUUACUCCUUCCCAACAAAGAUACCGAGAAUCCUCGCAAAAUCCUUGUCAUUGGUCGCCCAGGGAUCGGAAAGUCUUUGAUAUGUUCGAAACUAUCGCGUGACUGGAGCAAGGGUGACCUCUUGUGUGACAGUAACAAAAGCUUCAAACAUUUGUUCCUGUUUCAGUUUAGAUGGUUCAAUACUGAGACAUCCACGAAGAUUACUCUCGAACAUCUAUUGAGUUGUUUAGUUUCGGAAGGAAGUGUUGGCAAGGUCGUUUUGCAGGACAUUUUGGAUAACCCUGAGAAAGUUCUACUUAUCUUUGAUGGCCUAGAUGAAUUUAAGCACCAUGAGAGCUGUUUGGAGGACGAGAGAGCACAAGGUGGAAAUAGUCCAACAGAUGAGAAGCCAUUCUCUGCACUGUAUGUGAAACUAAUCAGAGGAAAACAGCUUCCUGGAGCCACAGUUCUGACAACUUGUAGACCCAAUGAGGCACAAAGUUUUGCAGGUCUAAAAUUAUUUGACCGAAGAGUGGAGAUAAUGGGAUUUACACCAGAGAAAGUUCAGAAAUAUGUACACAAGUUUUUUGCUCCCGACACUGAGACAGGGAACAGAAUAUGGGGACAUAUCAGUAGCAAUGCUGAGUUGUUGUCCUUGUGUUACAUUCCUAUGAACAGUUUCAUUGUCUGUUCCAUUUUGGAAGAGUUGAUCAAACUGCAAGACACCGAUUCAGGAAGUGCAUUGCUCACAACCUCAACUGAGAUUUACAAUGGAGCAUUGAGGUUUUUUAUUUUCAAGUGCCACCCAGAAUACAAGGGCAAACAGUUGACAGAGGAUUAUCUUGCAGGAAAUGUUGGCUUCUCAGAUUCUGUUGAAAAAACAUUAAGUCAAGUAGAAUCACUGGCAAAAACAGGGAUAGAACAAGGGCGACUGGUGUUUAAUUUAGCAGAAGUCAAGGGAAUUGAAGGCUGUGGCUUGUUUAACCGCAUGCCAAACCUUGAGAUUGCACCUUAUAAAUUUGAGCCUCAUUUUUGUUUCAUCCAUUUGACACUGCAGGAGCUGCUUGCAGACAGAAGAAUUGCAAAGAUGAAGCCCAGUGAUCUCAGUGAUUUUAUCACUUUAAAUGUCUCAGAUCGAAAGUGGCAUCUUGUGAUUCAGUUUGUGGCAGGUCUUCUUGGUGGCCAGGAACCUAUUGAAUCUAUUGACAGUUAUAUCAGCCUUCUUUGUGAUUCUUUGACAAAAGAGCUGCCAAUGAAGACGUCCAAAACACGACAGAAGGCUUUACUCUUGAUGAAAUGUUUGCACGAGUGUAACAAUGAAACUGUCCUAAAGAAAGUAGCUUCUAAACUGCAGAAGAACAGUAUGUUUGGUAACAGAUUAGAUUUGUCAGAUAGUCAACUAACACCUGCUGACUGUCCAGCAAUUGGGCAUUUCAUAACACACCUGCAAGAACUAUCUGAGCUGGUCCUUUGUAACGUAGCAGACCAAGGUGUAGCACACCUGUGUGGUGCUCUGAAAGAUGGAAAUUGUAAACUCACUAAGUUGAGCCUUGAUUGCAGCCAUAUAACAGACCAGGGUGUGGCACACCUGUGCGAUGCACUGAAAGAUGGAAAUUGUAAACUCACUAAGUUGAGCGUUGGUUACAACCAUACAACAGACCAGGGUGUGGCACACCUGUGUGAUGCACUGAAAGAUGGAAAUUGUAAACUCACAGUGUUGAACCUUGUGUGCAACCAUAUAACAGACCAGGGUGUGGCACACCUGUGUGAUGCACUGAAAGAUGGAAAUUGUAAACUCACUAAGUUGAGCCUUGGUUACAACCAAAUAACAGACCAGGGUGUGGCAAACCUGUGUGUUGCACUGAAAGAUGGAAAUUGUAAACUCACAGUGUUGAACCUUGUGUGCAACCAUAUAACAGACCAAGGUGUAAAACACCUGCGUGAGUCGCUGAAAGAUGGAAAUUGUAAACUCACUAAGUUGAGCCUUGGUUACAACCAUAUAACAGACCAGGGUGUAGCACGCCUGUGUGUUGCACUGAAAGAUGGAAAUUGUAAAGUCACUAAGUUGGACCUUUCUCUUACCAAAAUAACAGACCAAGGUGCAAAACACCUGCGUGAUGCACUAAAAGAUGAAAAUUGUAAACUCACUGUGUUGGACCUUGGUGCUACCAAUAUAACAGAACAAGGUGCAGCAUACCUGUGUGAUGCACUGAAAGAUGUAAAUUGCAGACUCACUAAGUUGUACCUUCAUGAGACCAAUAUAACAGACCAGGGUGUGGCACGCCUGUGUGAUGCACUGAAAGAUGAAAAUUGUAAACUCACGGAGUUGAACCUUGCACGCAACCAUAAAACAGACCAGGGUGUAGAACACCUGUGUGAUGCACUAAAAGAUGGAAAUUGCAAACUCACUAAGUUGGAUCUUUAUUUUAACAAUAUAACAUACCAGGGUGUGACACACCUGUGUGAUGCACUGAAAGAUGGAAAUUGUAAACUCAUGGAGUUGAACCUUCAACAGAACCAUACAACAGACCAGGGUGUAGCACAGCUGUGUGAUGCACCGAAAGAUGGAAAUUUUAAACUCACUUAG